AUGGUACUAAUAUUGGGACGAAGACUAAACAGAGAGGAUCUCGGAGUGCGUGAUUCACCAGCAACAAAGCGUAAAGUUUUUGAAAUGGACCCUAAAUCUCUGACAGGCCGUGAGUUUUUUGACUUCUCUUCAGGAUCAUCCCAUGCUGAAAACAUACUCCAGAUAUUUAAUGAAUUCCGAGAUAGUCGUUUGUUCACAGAUGUUAUCAUUUGUGUGGAAGGAAAAGAAUUUCCUUGCCAUAGAGCUGUUCUCUCAGCCUGUAGUAGCUACUUCAGAGCUAUGUUUUGUAAUGACCACAGGGAAAGCCGAGAAAUGUUGGUUGAGAUCAAUGGUAUUUUAGCUGAAGCUAUGGAAUGUUUUUUGCAGUAUGUUUAUACUGGAAAAGUGAAGAUCACUACAGAGAAUGUACAGUAUCUCUUUGAAACAUCAAGCCUUUUUCAGAUUAGUGUUCUCCGUGAUGCAUGUGCCAAGUUCUUGGAGGAGCAACUUGAUCCUUGCAAUUGCUUAGGAAUCCAGCGCUUUGCUGAUACCCAUUCCCUCAAAACACUCUUCACAAAAUGCAAGAAUUUUGCAUUACAGACUUUUGAGGAUGUGUCCCAGCAUGAAGAAUUUCUUGAGCUUGACAAAGAUGAACUUAUUGAUUAUAUUUGUAGUGAUGAACUUGUCAUUGGCAAAGAGGAGAUGGUUUUUGAAGCCGUCAUGCGUUGGGUCUAUCGUGCUGUUGAUCUGAGAAGACCACUGUUACAUGAGCUCCUGACACAUGUGAGACUCCCUUUGUUGCAUCCCAACUACUUUGUUCAAACAGUUGAGGUGGACCAACUGAUCCAGAAUUCUCCUGAGUGUUAUCAGCUGUUGCAUGAAGCAAGACGGUACCACAUACUUGGGAAUGAAAUGAUGUCCCCAAGGACAAGGCCACGCAGGUCAACUGGCUAUUCUGAGGUGAUAGUUGUCGUUGGAGGCUGUGAACGAGUUGGAGGAUUUAAUCUUCCAUACACUGAGUGCUAUGAUCCUGUGACAGGAGAGUGGAAGUCUUUGGCUAAGCUUCCAGAAUUUACCAAAUCAGAGUAUGCGGUCUGUGCUCUAAGGAAUGACAUUCUUGUUUCAGGUGGAAGAAUCAAUGGCCGUGACGUCUGGAUUUAUAACUCACAGUUAAAUAUUUGGAUCAGAGUUGCUUCUCUAAAUAAAGGCAGAUGGCGUCACAAAAUGGCUGUCCUCCUUGGUAAAGUAUAUGUUGUUGGAGGCUAUGAUGGGCAAAACAGACUUAGCAGCGUAGAAUGUUAUGAUUCCUUUUCAAAUCGAUGGACUGAAGUUGCCCCCCUUAAGGAAGCAGUGAGUUCUCCUGCCGUGACUAGCUGUAUAGGCAAAUUGUUUGUGAUUGGUGGAGGACCUGAUGAUAAUACUUGUUCUGAUAAGGUUCAAUCUUAUGAUCCAGAAACCAAUUCUUGGCUACUUCGUGCAGCUAUCCCAAUUGCCAAGAGGUGUAUAACAGCCGUAUCCUUAAACAACCUGAUAUAUGUUGCUGGUGGACUGACCAAGGCAAUAUACUGUUAUGAUCCCGUUGAAGAUUACUGGAUGCAUGUACAGAAUACAUUCAGCCGACAGGAAAACUGUGGUAUGUCUGUAUGUAAUGGUAAAAUAUAUAUCCUGGGUGGAAGACGGGAAAAUGGAGAAGCCACAGACACUAUUCUCUGUUAUGAUCCUGCAACAAGUAUCAUCACAGGGGUAGCUGCAAUGCCCAGGCCAGUGUCCUAUCAUGGAUGUGUGACUAUUCAUAGAUACAAUGAGAAAUGCUUUAAGCUCUAA